UCCGGUGACUUCAAUCCAUGGUGGCAAGUUGAUCUAGAAUGGAUGUAUGACAUCACAAGUAUAACUAUAUCUAACAGAUAUGAUGAUAAACUAAGAGUGUUUGGGUGUACCGUGAGAACAUUUGAAUGUGAUGAGAAAACAGUGGGCAGGUUUAUCAGGAUAUCCAAACCAACAGAAUAUCUGACUAUGUGUGAAGUGGAGGUGACGGGUAUAAGCCAGUGAAUAUUAACUGUUACAGUCAGAACACAAUGGAACUUGGCUAAUAUAAACAAACAUUUACUGUUACAGCCAAGAUAUAGUGGAACCUAAAUAUUGCCACCAAACAUUCAAUAUUUUACGGCAGAGAGUAAAUAAU